AUGAAAAUGUUUUUUCUGAUAUUUUUGGUGCACAAAGUAGUUACUCUGAGAUGUCCUGCGAGUGAUGCUUUCAAUGUUCCACAUGAGUGGUAUCAGCAUGGUGACUUCAUCAUUGGUUUGAUGGCAUCUCACAUGGGUUACCACCUUUAUGAAAUUAAAUUUAGUGAAAACCCUUCUAUAAAACCUUAUGAAAUACCAACCAUAAUCACCAAAUUUCAUCAACACGUCCUUGCCUUGGCCUUUGCUGUGAAGGAGAUCACUGAGGACUUUCAUUCCUUACCUAACAUCACUCUCGGGUUCCACAUCUAUGACAGUUACCUCAAUGCAAGGAUGACCUAUCGCACCACUCUGGACCUCCUUUUCAAAUCCCAGGAAUUUGUUCCUAACUACAAGUGUGAUGGCCAGAAGAAUCUGGUGGCUUUUAUUGGGGGAUUGGAUUUUGUCACAUCAUCUCAUAUUGCUGAAAUUACAAGAUUCUUCAAGAUUCCACAAGUUCUUCCAUUUUCUCGAUGCAAUGACCCUUGUUUUCCCGGGGACUGGAAGAAAGGGAUUGAAGGGGAUCAGUUCUGCUGCUAUGAUUGUGUUCCAUGCCCAGAAGGGAAGAUUUCAAAUCAAAAUGAUAUGGAUGACUGUUUUGAAUGUCCAGAAGAUCAUUAUCCAAAUAAAGAAAAGAAUGGAUGUAUCCUGAAACGGGUGGUGUUUCUAACUAUUGAAGAACCCUUAGGAAUUGGUUUAGCGUCAUCAGCUCUUGGUUUCUUUUUCUUGGCAUCUUGGGUACUUGGAACUUUUAUUAAGCACAGGGACACUCCCAUUGUCAAAGCCAAUAACCAGUCCCUCACCUACACCCUGCUUGUUUCUCUUCUGCUCUGUUUUCUCUCUUCUUUGUUUUUCCUCAGCCAACCUGGUAAAGUGACCUGCCUUCUCCGACAAUCAACUUUUGGAACCACAUUCUCAGUGGCUAUUUCUAGUGUGCUAUCCAAAACCAUCAUUGUGGUUGUUGCUUUCAUGGCCACUAAACCAGGAUCUCACAUGAGAAGAUGGUUAGGGAAAAGAUUGGCUUUUUCUACUGUCCUUUUCUGCUCCUUUUUUGAAGUAUGUAUUUGUAUUCUUUGGUUGUCAACAUCUCCACCAUUUCCUGAGUUGGACAUGCAUUUACAGCUCCAAGAAAUUAUUUUACAAUGCAAUGAGGGGUCAGCUUUCUUCUUUUAUUGUGUAUUGGGCUAUAUGGGUGUCUUGGCCAUUGCCAGCUUUAUUGUAGCUUUUCUUGCCCGUAAAUUACCUGACAGCUUUAAUGAAGCCAAGUUCAUCACCUUCAGCAUGUUGGCCUUUUGCAGCGUGUGGAUCUCCUUCUUUCCAGCGUAUCUGAGUACAAAGGGAAAAGCCAUGGUAGCUGUGGAGGUCUUCUCCAUCUUGUCCUCCAGUGCUGCAUUACUGGGAUGCAUAUUCUUGCCAAAAUGCUACAUCAUUGUUUUCCGGCCUGAACUAAACCAAAGGGAGCAUCUCACAAAGAGAAAUUAG